AUGCCGUAUCUUGUUCGUGAGAAUCUAUUCCUCGGCAACAUCGGCGAUGCGGCAGAGGUUAUCCGAAAUGGCAGCAAAAAGAUCACACAUAUUCUCUGUGCAAUUCCCACAAAGGAAAUCAAGAAGGUCUAUGCUGGCGGGUCUGUUGGUGGGUCAACUUCUGUUGGUGAUGGGUCGAAAACUUAUUUGCUUUCCGAUAAGAUUUCGUACUCGUUGGAACGUGCAGGCAAGGAUUUGAAGCUGGAGAGGAUGGGGGUUCCGCUAAGAGAUAUGGACGAUGAGAAUUUAUUGGAUUAUUUGGAUGCGUGUGUGGAUUUUAUUGAUAAGGGUAGGAAAAAGGGCUCUGUUUUGGUGCAUUGCUUUGCUGGUGUUUCCAGAAGUGCAUCUAUCAUUACAGCAUAUCUGAUGAGAACAGAGCAUUUAUCACAAGAAGAUGCACUAGGAUCCCUGAGGCAAAGCUGUGAGUUUGUUUGCCCCAAUGAUGGUUUUCUAGAUCAGCUCAAAAUGUACGAGGAAAUGGGCUUCAAGGUUGAUCGUGCCAGCCCCAUAUAUAAGUCUUUUCACCUGAAAGUAUUGGAAUACAAGAUGAUGAAAGUGCUCCAUGGGACAUGGAGACUAGAGAUGGCCUAA